CCAAUGCAUCUCAUCGCUCGCGGUGCUGUCAUUGUCGCCUUCUAUCAGAUCAGAUGGACCUUCUGAAUUCUGGUUUUUCAUCGGGCUUCUGGGUUUUUUUUUUCUUUCUCGUGUUCAUGGAAAAGGCCAUUGAAUAAUCAAUCAUUCCCAAGAGAGGUCUCGUGUUUUUGGAUCGAGGACAUGGAUAUAAGCAACGAGGCAAGCGUUGAUCCGUUUUCAAUCGGACCCACGACAUUAGUCGGGAGGACGAUUGCCUUUCGGAUCCUCUUCUGCAAGUCCAUGUCCCAGUUUAAACACCGUUUGCUCAGAUUCCUCGUGCGUUUCUUCCGUAGAACCAGGGCUCUUCUCUCACCAAUCAUGUCUUGGUUACACCCCAGGAACCCACAGGGGAUAUUGAUAAUGGUCUCGACGAUUGCGUUUCUGUUGAAUCGCUACACGAGCUUGAAAGCGAGGGCAGAAAUGGCGUACCGGAGGAAAUUCUGGAGGAACAUGACGAGGACUGCGUUGACGUACGAGGAAUGGUCUCACGCCGCGAAAAUGCUCGACAAGGAAACUCCGAAGAUGAACGAAUCCUAUCUUUACGACGAAGAGCUCGUUAGGAACAAGCUUCAAGAGCUCAGACACAGAAGACAGGAGGGUUCUCUAAGAGACAUCGUCUUCUUCAUGAGAGCUGAUCUUGUCCGAAACCUCGGCAACAUGUGUAACCCUGAGCUUCACAAGGGUCGGCUUCAGGUGCCGAAACUCAUCAAAGAGUACAUCGAUGAGGUCUCGACCCAGUUGAGGAUGGUCUGCGACACGGACACUGAAGAUCUCUCUCUCGAGGAGAAGCUAUCUUACAUGCACGAGACAAGGCACGCCUUCGGGAGAACUGCUCUGCUUCUAAGUGGAGGAGCUUCUCUUGGAGCGUUUCAUGUCGGCGUGGUCAAGACUUUGGUCGAACACAAAUUACUGCCGAGGAUCAUCGCUGGUUCGAGCGUUGGAUCGGCAAUGUGUGCAGUCGUGGCCACGAGAUCUUGGCCCGAGCUUCAGAGCUUCUUCGAAGGCUCUUGGCAUUCUCUUCAGUUCUUCGAUCAGCUUGGUGGGAUUUUCGCCAUCGUGAAACGGGUCAUGACGCAAGGCGCGGUUCAUGAGAUCAGGCAGUUGCAGUGGAUGCUGAGGAAUCUCACCAACAAUCUCACCUUCCAAGAAGCUUACGACAUGACGGGUCGGAUUCUCGGGAUCACAGUUUGUUCCCCUAGGAAGCACGAGCCUCCGAGGUGCCUUAACUAUCUGACAUCCCCACAUGUUGUCAUAUGGAGUGCGGUCACUGCUUCGUGUGCGUUCCCAGGCCUUUUCGAGGCACAAGAACUAAUGGCUAAAGAUAGAAGCGGAGAGAUUGUUCCUUACCAUCCGCCUUUUCAUCUAGAUCCCGAAGAGAGCUCCGGGGAAUCAUCAGUUCGACGGUGGAGGGAUGGCAGUUUGGAGAUCGACUUACCCAUGACGCUACUCAAAGAGCUUUUCAAUGUCAAUCAUUUCAUCGUGAGUCAGGCCAACCCUCACAUCGCACCAUUCUUGAGGUUGAAGGAGUUCGUCAGAGGUAUCGGUGGCAGCUUCGCGGCCAAGCUCGCACAACUGGCUGAGAUGGAAGUGAAACACAGAUGCAACCAAGUACUCGAGCUCGGGCUUCCUCUGAGGGAAGUCGCCAAGCUUUUCGCUCAGGAUUGGGAAGGCGAUGUCACAAUCGUAAUGCCCGCCACGCUAUCUCAGGUAAUCAGACUCAUACAGAACCCUACAAAUGUAGAGAUCCAAAAGGCGGCGAACCAAGGAAGAAGAUGCACUUGGGAGAAGCUUGCGGCAAUCAAAGCAAACUGCGGAAUCGAACUCGCACUCGACGAGUGCGUCUCCGUCCUCAACCAUACGCGCCGCCUCAAACGCGCCGCGGGGAGCCCCGCCGCUGCAGUACCACCAUCUUCCUCAUCGCAACACGCUUUGGCCGGCUCCACAAGAUUCAAUGCUUCCAGAAGAAUUCCGUCCUGGAAUUGCAUCGCACGUGAGAAUUCAACCGGAUCCGUGGAUGAUGAUCUUCUCGCAGAAGCUUCGUCUAUGUACCAACAAGCCGUGGGCGGAUCCAACAGGAUCAACCGAUCCCCCAACUGCAACAAUUCGCACGACGGAAGCGACACCGAAUCCGCCGACGGCGUCGGAGACUGGACGAGAUCCGGGGGACCAUUAAUGAGGACAACGUCUGCUCAGACGUUCAUCGAGUUCGUGCAGAAUCUCGACACGGUCAACACUGAAUUACCGGUGUUCAGAGGCUUGGCGACGAACCCUAAUUCACCCUCCGGCGGAGGAAGAGGAUCGGAGAACCAGUUGAGUGCUUCGUGUAGCAUCACAGUCACCGAAGGCGACUUUCUUCAGACGGAGAGGACACAUAAUGGGAUCGUGCUGAACGUCGUGAGGGGAGACAAUCUGCGGAGGAAUCGCGAUCCGGAGAAUGGUCACAGCACGGAACCGCCGGAAUGCGUGCAGCUAGAUUCGCCGGGAAAGGACAUCGACGGUGGAAGUUCGGCGUCGGAAGACGGAGAUGUAGAGGCCGGCGAGCCCUAAACCCCCCCAAAUUCCAAAAGAUCUUUUCCCAAUUUUUUAUCCUUUUUUUUUUUACCGAGA